AUGUUUAUUCAGAAAAGAAGGAACAAUGUUCGCUUUGUCAGAGUUGAUCACCAAAAUCAUCAUUCCAAUGGUGAUGAACAAGAAGAACAACCUCUUCCUUAUUCUCCUCAUGACCAACACCAAUAUGAAAUAACAAAUCCAAAAAGAACCGACCAACUUUCGGAAAAACAAGAUCAUCAGUUAGAUAAGGAUUCAACAAACCGAAAAACAAAAUCUCCUGAACCAUUACGUAAUGGUGAUGGCAAUGCAGGUGGUAGUGGCCGAGCAGGAACCCUCCGAAGAAGGAGAAGGGAACUACAUCCAGUAUCUCAUUUCCGUGAUGUUCAGCAAUUUCCAAGAAAUAAUUCCCGAUUUAAAUCAAAUAAUAGGAAUGAUCAAAAGAAUAACAAAAAGGCUCACCAAAAGUCUACUCGAAGUAAUACAACAACUGUGAGUUCACAAAGCGUGGAAAAUUUAAAUUCACCCAAAAAUUCGGAGACUUUUGAAAAAGAUCAAAAUAGAUCCAGUGGGGAUGAAUCUCCUAAAAACGAGAACAACUACCAGAAUAUGGGAAAUGAAAGUUCCUCACGCUCUCCUUCUCCUCCCCCAUUGACUAAAGAACAACUUGAAAAGCAUGUUGCAAAACAAAAGGUUUAUGCCUUCUUUGCAUGUAAGCCUUGUUCAUCGUGGUUCUGGAAAACAGUUUUCGAUUACAAGAAGGUCACACGAUGUAGAGAUUGUCACAUAAAGCUGGAAGCUAUCCCCAAUGAAGAAGCAAUUGGAAAAGGAUAUUAUCAGUGUGACUUGUGCCACCAUGUUUGGACCUCCCUCAAUGUACGUGCAGAUGUUGGACAACAUUGCCUUGAAUGUGAGGAACAAAAGGGUUCAAAUUUUGACAAGAAGCUUUACUAUCCGCACAGAAUUGGACCUUCGGAGAAACGAGGACUACGAAGGAGCCAUCAUGGUCACUCUUGUGAGGCAUGUUAUUUCCUGAGUCCUGAAAAACGAAAGUUAUGCAAAUUUAGAAUGACCAGCUUGGUACCAAGAGUGUGGAGUAAGAGCCACGAAAGUACUGGCACAACCAUCUCAUCUGUUUCUUCCAUUGCCUCUCAUUUCUCUGGGGUUGGAGUUGAUUUGCCAAGACGUUUCUAA